AUGUCAAAGACCGGUUCCAUUAGCCUACAGGUCCUUCGGGACAAUCCCGUAGAGGAAGGAGAGACCAACGCGCAGGUUGUUGAUGCUUUGGAGGCUGCGCUCAACGUCAACGAUGAUGCUCUCAUUCCCCAGGCCGCCAAGCGUCUCGCAGAGCAGCUAGACAGCAUUACACUCGCGCGCGACGGCGCUGCGGACAAGGAAUCAGAAGUCGAGAACGCUCGAUACAACGUGUACACCACCUUGCUGGCAGCAGUGCAACAGGUACCUGCUGAUCAUGAAGCGCACCGCCGGUUCGCUUUGGUCCUGCAUGACUUAGCCGGUCUGGAUGGACAUCCAACAUGGAAGGGGUUGGAGGGUUUCGCCAUCUGCAACAGAGAUGCAUGGAACGAUCCAAGCCUCAGUUUUGAGCCUGUUAAAGAUCCAGAGGCCUAUGAAAAAUGGUGCAAUCUCAACGCCUUCGUAGCGACUUUGCUCAGUACGGGCGCAAUCAGCUGGCGGGAACUGCCCAUUUGGGAACUUCGCGAUGGUCUAGAGGAGAGCCUAGAGGAGCUGUCCCAGGAAAACAAGGACACCCGGGUUGUAGUCGCCACGCUGUGGAUCAAGCACACUGGAAAUUUCAUCUGGGAGCAGGCACUCUCGGGCAAGCUGGAAGACUUGGAUGAGACGGAUUCAAGGAUGCUUAGAGCUGGAGAGCUUUAUCAUGGCCAGCCGGGGUAUUCGCGGGACAGGUGGGACUUCUGGAAGAAGCGCCUUGGGGAGCUACGAAGCCAGGUCAGCGAGUCGCGAAGCUCUGCCGUUGAUGAAGCUAUUGGGGCUAUGACGGAGUUGGAAGGCAAGAACUAA